AUGAUCACAAACAAUCACUCCUUCACAAACGAAUUUAUUCUUGUAGGCCUAACCUAUCACUCAGAACUGAAGACCCUUCUGUUUGUGAUGUUCUUUGCAAUUUAUCUGAUCACUAUGGUGGGGAAUCUAGGUUUGGUUGCAUUGAUCGUCAUGGAGCACCGUCUUCACACACCAAUGUACAUCUUUCUGGGAAACUUGGCUUUGAUGGAUUCUUGCUGUUCUAGUUCCAUUACCCCUAAGAUGCUAGAGAACUUAUUUUCUAAGGACAAAAUGAUUUCCCUCUAUGAAUGCAUGACACAAUUUUAUUUUUUCUCUUUUGCGGAAACCGCAAACUGCUUUCUCUUGGCAGUAAUGGCCUAUGAUCGUUAUGUGGCAAUAUGCAGUCCACUGCAGUACCACUCCAGGAUGUCAAAGAAACUCUGCAUUCGGAUGACCAUUGGAGUUUACAUAGCUGGCAGCCUCCAUGCCUUGUUUCACGUAGUGCUUUUAUUAAGGUUAAACUUCUGUGGACCUCAUCAAAUCAAUCACUUUUUCUGUGAUAUUCUUCCAUUAUUCAGACUCUCCUGCGUUGACCCUUAUAUCAAUGAGCUGAUGCUUCUUCUCUUGUCAGGAUCAAUUCAAAGUUUCACUAUUACCAUUGUCUUAAUAUCUUACCUUUGCAUCAUUUUCACUAUUUUCAAAAUGAAAUCCAGAGAGGGAAAAGGCAAAGCCUUAUCUACCUGUGCAUCUCACUUUCUCUCUGUCUCAAUAUUCUAUGGUUCUCUUCUCUUCAUUUACGUUCGACCAAGUUCAGCUAAAGGUGGGGAUGAAGACAUAACAGUUGCUAUUUUUUAUACCCUGAUAAUCCCCUUUUUAAAUCCUUUUAUCUACAGUCUACGAAACAAAGAAGUAAUAAAUGUAAUGAAAAAAAUAAUAAAG